AUGUGGCGACGGAGAGCAAAGAUGAACAGGGGGGGCGCGCUGACCUGGCGCCCGCAGCCCUGGCAGGACGGAGAUGGAGGAGGAGGAGAGCCUCUGUCGGACUCGGACUCUGAGGAGGAGGACUUCCCUGAUGACAGCACCACUCCUCUGGGGGACUAUGUCACUCAUGGUCUGAAGCAGCUGUUGGACGCUCAGCAGCUCUGUGAUGUCACAUUACUGGUGGAAGGGAAGAAGUUCAUGUGUCACAGAGUCCUUCUUGCCGCCGUCAGUCCUUACUUCAGAGCCAUGUUCACCAGUCCUCUGGUGGAGUCCCGCCUCACUGAGAUCCGAUUGGAGGACGUGACGCCGGCCGUGAUGGAUACUGUGAUCCGAUUCGUCUACUCUGGGGAGGCGGGGCUUUCUCUGGACACAGCAGAAGACCUGUUUGUGGCAGCGAACAGACUUCAGGUCAUGCCUCUGCAGGAUCUGUGCUCCAGGUUCUUGUUCUCUCACCUGUCUCUGGAGAACUGCCUGGGUAUGUACUCUCUCGCCCGCUCGCACCAUGACCAGCUGCUGCUCCGUGCCUCUCUGCGGCUGGUGGCUCAGCACUUCCCCCUGGUGUCCCGGCAGAAGGACUUCCUGCUGCUGGACCAUGGAACUCUGGGAUCUCUGCUGGGAUCAGACCGACUCGGAGUCCACUCCGAGGCCGAGGUGUACGACGCCGCGCGCAGGUGGGCGGAGCAUCUGCCACUGCUCCGCUAUGCUCACAUGCCAGCGCUCCUGAGGCACCUGCGUCCUGGGCUGCUGUCCCUGGAGGAGAGCCGCCGCCUCAGCAAAGAGCUGGGGGCCGUGAGGGGGGCCAUGGGGGGGCCCCUGAGACCCAGAGAGGGGAUGUUUGAGAAGAAGAUCGUCUGUGUGGAUCUGACGCCGAGAGAAGACGGGAAUCUACUGACAGAGGACUUAUCGGUGGACUGCUUUGACCCACGCACAGGGAAGUGGGAGAAGCUUGCCCCGCUGGCGUCGGUGGUGAGCCCAGGCUGCACCGCGGUGGGAGACCGUCUGUUUGUCGCUGGUGGAAUCCUCAGAACUUACACCGUCUCCGCAAACGUCCACGAGUACGACGCCGUGUUGGACCGAUGGACCGAGCGCGCUCCCAUGGCCCAGCCGCGCGCCAUGCUAGGACUGCUGGGCUGUGGGAACUCUCUGUACGCGCUGGGCGGCUGUAACCGCUCCGCGCUGCUGGACUCCAGUGAAGUGCUGGACCUGAGCACGAUGGUGUGGAGGAGCGGGCCGCGGUUGCCUUUGCCGCUGCGUGCCUUCGCCUGUGCCACGCUGCGCUCGCGCCUGUACCUGAUUGGGGGCAGCACCGCGGAGCAGAACCGGGCAGCUGUGCACUCUGGCGUCCUCAUCUUCCACACGCGCACGCACCACUGGACCCGUGUGGCCUUAGACUCAGGAGCGACAUGCUUAGCGGGCGGCGUGGCCGUGCGCGGUGGCGUUUGUGCCAUCGGAGGAUACCUGCGCGACACAACUAAGUUCUUAGACGGAAACUUUACAAACCUGGAGACGCUGGACGCCACCGGGAGAGUGCUGUUCUUCAGAGAGGGCCGCGGCUCUGAGCGCGAGGUUCCAGUCACGAACAGCAGUGAGCGCGCGCAGAGCCCUGUGCUGUUUCCCGGUCUGCCGCGGCGCAUCGCGGCCGGCGGCGUGGCGCGCUGGAAGAGGCGCAUCUACGUCCUGGGGGGAGAGAACGGCUCACGCUUCUAUGACAGUAUUUACUGCUGGAAACCAGGCUGGCGCAGCUGGGUGCAGCGCCGCGAGAAGCUGCCGGGCGACACAGUCAGUCAGUUUGGGUGCACCACCCUCAAGUUCCCCAAGAAGCACGUGCUGAGCCGCCUGAGGGCCGCGAGGGAGAGCGCUGCGUCCUGA